AUGGCGCCGAGCGCGUACACGCCGUCGACGUCGAAAACGUUCGACGGUCGCGCGCUGCGACCGGACUACAAGUCGGCGAGCGCGGGCGCGGACGACGUGGACGAAUACCCCGUGAGCUCGCCCGUGGAGAGCGAUUGUUUCGGGGACUCGGAGAGCGAGCCGGACGCGCGUUUCGCGACGUACACGGGCGCGAUCAGCGUCUACGGCGAGUUUCGCGAUCGACGGUCGCCGAGGCAGGUGUUCUUGCGACGGAAUCUGAGUUAUCACGUCGAACGCGCGAGCGCGGGGUCGAGGGAUGAGCGAGGAAGCGCGCGGGCGCGCGGCGCGGCGGCGCGCGAACGCGAACUCGCGGAAAAAUACGAGACGACGUACGAGUACGAUCGAUGCACGACGAGAGUCAGAGUGCGAGGAUACGGGUGUAAUAUGUGUAAAUGCGUGUGCGUCGGCUUGCGGGGGUUGAUGACGCACCUGAGGGCGUCGCAUGAUUUGUUUAGGUACAGCGCGAGACGGGAGGGACGGCGAGCCAUCGUGCGAAUUUAUCCAAAGGGGGAGAAUUUUACCGCGGAUAGGAGCUUCGUGUUGCGGUCGCAGACGGAUAUUCAGACGGCAAAUGAUAAGGAGUUUUCGUUUUAUCGAGGGAAACGGUCGAAGAGGGAGGUAUUUAGAGAGAGAGUGACCAAGGCGGAGCUCGACGCGUUGUACGAGCGAGACGUGCGAGCGGCGCCGCCGCCGCGGGUGGUUUGGCGCGCGGUGCCGAAUGAUGAUCACUACGAUCGUGUAAAAUUAGAGAAGCGCAAACGCGCGCAAGAAGAAGAACGGAGAAGAAUCGCGGCGUUACCUUUCAAGCCGAUGGUAUGCAAGAAGAACGCGAAUGGGGCGGCGAGCGCCGCCGCGACGAAACCAAAACCAAAACCGCCAAAGAAACCACUUGGACCGUUUUACAAUUCGAGGUCAUUCGUCGAGAUGUCAGAGAUUCCAGAGCAAGAUUCUGACGAUGAGAACUUGAUUCCCGUAGAAAUCAUGGAAAGCAAACGCUUCAUGGAAGAGUUCGUGGAUUUUAGCACCGAGGAACUGUCAUUCAUGGAGGCUUGGAACGACGUCGCGAUGAAAUUUCGCUGCGUCGCGGAUUACGAAGCCCCCUCGCUAUGCGAAGCGUUCGUGCGCGUGCAUGGCGAUAAACUGAAAGUUAGCGACGAGUUCUUCAAAAUGUUCGUGCUCACGCUCUUCGGGAUGUACGAAAACGGCAUUCUCAACCGCCGCGCGGUGGCGGAAGCCUUGGGAAAAUGCAAGUCGCUCUCCGGCGCCUCCGCCUUCGAUCGAGUCUCCACCUCUGUCACAGACCGCGAGCACUGUUCCGUCGCCCUGUUCGAAAAGUUUCCCAAGUUUGUCACGACCCUGAAAAAUCUUAGCUACUAG